AUGGCUUAUCAAAUUGCUUUACCCCCGAAUUUGGCCAAUUUACAUGACGUGUUCCAUGUAUCACAAUUAAGGAAGCACAUGGUAGAUUCAUCCAAUAUUAUUGCGCUAGAUGAUAUUCAAUUGAAGGAGAAUCUUAUCUUCGAGGUCCCACCAAUAAGCAUCACAAACAGAACUACCAAACAUUUGAGGGAAAAUGAAAUUCCAUUGGUUAAGGUGAUUUGGAACCGGACAAUUGGGGAUGCUACUUGGGAGUUGGAGGAGAAGAUAAGGGAGCUUUACCAAGACAUUCUAAAUACCUCUUAG